AUGGAGCCGCCAUGGAGAAUAUUACAUCGAAAUUCAACAUUUCCCCGCUCUUUUGGCUCAAAAUUUAUAUUAUCCUUGUUGUUACUUGUUAAUUUAUUCAAUUUUGUUGAAUCUGCCGCCAAAAAUAAGAAACUCGGAUGGUGAGUAAUCGUAUUUUAGGAUGUAAAUUUAAUUGUUUUAUUGAAAAUAUCGUUUUGAAAUGUAAAAUACGGUUUAUUUUCAGCAAAAGGACAGCGUUUAAUCGUCGGACCACCAAUUAUUUGGCCUGGAAAGAGCAGAUGACGGCCUGUGAAUUGUUAGAGAACUACGAUCCGGCUGUCAGACCCUUUGGCACUGUGCCGCAUAUGGAGAAAAGUAAGAAUUUAUCAAAAAAUCAAUAAAAAAAGCACCGUGAAAAAAAGAUUUUAUUUUGCACUGUGCGAUUUCCAAAAAUUACAAAUGCAAAAAAUUCUUUUCCUUUUUUGUCGCAUUUGCACAGUGCUUUUUUCAAAGUUUCUUUUUGCACUGUGCAAAAAAUCCUUUUCUUGCCGCACAGUGCAGUCCAAGUUCCCUUUCAUUUUUUGCCCCGCACAGUGCAAAAAUUUUCUCAUUUUUGCACUGUGCAAAAAAGUUUUUGCUUGCCGCACAGUGCAGCCCGAGCCCAAUAAUCUUUUCAUUUCUUCCUUUGCACUGUGCAAAAAUUUUUCCAAAUUUUCUUUGCACAGUGCAGUUUCAAUUUCUAUGAUUUUUUAUUCGCACUGUGCAGAAAAAUAAAAAAGUUAUUUUCUUGUUGGCUCAAAAGAUCUAUAUAAAAUAAAUGUUUGAUUUUUAGAUGGACCAGUGGUAGUUGCGACAGGCAUCAACAUUCGGUCGAUAAGCGCUGUAAAUGUCCGAAAUAUGGUGAGUUUUUGUUUCAUUUCUUCAAUAUUUUUCUAUUUUUAGGAGUACGUGGUCCAAUUUCGCUUCCAACAGCGAUGGUAUGACGAGAGGCUGAGAUUCGAUCAACGUCAUGAGUUCCGGAAUCUGGAAGUCAUCAAUUUUGCGCAAGACCAACAGCCUUGGAUCCCUGACACUUUCUUUCAGAACGAGAGAAACGGGUGGUAUCACAUGUUGGAUCAGGUGGGUAAAAUACGAAAUGUUUUCAAAUAAAAGCCAAUUCUUGCUUUUUCACACUAACUUUGUAAAUUUUUUUUUUCAAUUGUUGAAUUUUUCAAAACAAAUCUACUUCUUUACCACCGUAUUUUACUCUGUUUUUUUAGGAGAAUCGUUUCGUAAAGAUCCGAAAGGAUGGUCUAGUAACAUACGAUCGUCGUCUCACAUUGACCUUGUCUUGUGAUAUGAAUUUAAUCCGAUAUCCCAUGGACACUCAGGAAUGCUUUAUUGGUAUGUUCAGACUUAAAACUAUACUAUGAUGAUAUUUCCAAUACUUUUUCAGAUUUUGCCAGUUAUGCCUAUACCACCAAGGACAUCAUUUACGACUGGAGUGAGAUUGGAAUCACUCUUUCUCCGACGGCAAAUGGAGCGCUGCCUAAUUUUGAGAUUGUUAAGGUCAAAAAUGCAACUUGUGAUAGUGUGACUAACACUGGUAAGUGGUUUUUUUUACUUUUUUUAUACUUAAAAGCCCUGAAAAAACUCUUAACUCAAUACUGCACCGUGCAAUUUUUGUUCUUUCCAUUGCACAGUGCAGUCCCAUAUUUUCGCACGGUGCGAUUUCUCUUUUUGCGAUUUUAUGCACCGUGCAAAAAAACGUUUUUGUCGCACAGUGCAAUCGUCUUUUUUUCUGUCUUUCUUUCCGCACUGUGCGUUUUUUGCGAUCUUUUGUCCGUGCCGCACAGUGCACAGAAAUAUUAUUUGUUUUAUUUGCACCGUGCAUGCAAAUAAAAAAUAAAAAUGUCACUCCUAUAGGAUAGUAGGACAUACAGAGUCAUUUCAAACGGCUUAUUUAUACUUUUUGCAAAAAUAAAAAAAAGUUAUGAUCAUUACAUUGCACUAGAUAUCUGAUAUUAAUCGUUAAAUUUCAGGAACCUACUCUUGCCUCCGAGUCCAACUAACUCUAAAGCGGGUUUUCUCCUUCUUCCUCCUCCAACUGUACAUUCCCUCAGCCAUGUUAGUGGCCGUUUCCUGGGUCUCCUAUUGGAUUGAUUGGAAGUCGACGGCGGCCCGAGUUCCCCUGGCCAUUGUCACCCUCCUCACAAUGAUCACCACUUCUCAUGCCAUUAAUUCCAACCUCCCUCCGGUUAGUUACGCCAAAAGCAUCGAUAUUUGGUAAGUAACCGAUUACUUUUAAACUUUUUGUCAUCAAUUUAGUUGCACUUGUCUAAAAUAAUAUAAUUUUUGCGUUUUAGGAUCGGCGGAUGUGUGGUUUUCAUUUUCGCAUCGCUCAUCGAAUACUCGUUUGUCAAUUAUUUGGGGAUUUUGGAUGAGAACAAGCAGAUGCACAAGGUCACCAUGAAUAAAACGAGAUUGUCCAAUGUGGUGGAUAGUAAUAUCCAAAAUAUUGCGCCUCAAAAGAAGAAAUUGUUUGGGGCGAAUGCAAAAAGGGUAAGGAAUUGUCAUCAUAAAUCUUUCAGCAUUUCAAAUUUCUCGUCAAGAUUUGUAUUAUAAAAUAAGGCUUUUUCAAAAAAUCCAGAAAAGCCGUCAUUAUGACUCCUUUUUUCUAACUUACAUAUAAUUAGAUAUGCAUAAUAAAAAUUCAUUGUAGAGACCACAAAGAUAUUGCAAAAAAUUCUGCUUCUUCGAUCGUCAUCAAAUUUCAUACAAAAAUCCGUCAUCCUGACACAUUUAAAGAGUUCCAAAUUGAAAUUUUUUCUCCCAAAUUUGGUUGUAUAGGUUAUGAAAAACCUUCUAAAAAAAUUUCCGGUGAAUUUGCGUCGUAUUUUACCCAUUUUUUCCAUUUACAAUUAUCCCAUUACUUUCAGAGCAUUCUCCGAAAACGUCGCAAAGUCCAAUUAAAUAUGCAUUACGGAGACUCUGAUUCGGAUAUCGAGCUGCGCAGAAUGGAAGGCCCCACUUCCAGGGACAUCCUGAACAACAACGAACCCGAUUGGACGAUGCAUGACAUCGGGGAUUUGGUGUAUCAGGGACAGAGGAAGAGGGUCGAAUUGAUCAGAUGGUGCUCGUUACUGAGUGAGAGGGGAAGGGCGGAGAGAAUCGAUAUCAUUGCGAGGUAAGCGAUGGCGUAAAACGACGAAAUUUUCAAAUUUUACGACUGCACUGUGCAGUUUAAUUUUUCCACUGCACUGUGCGGUCUGUAUUUUAUUUCGCACUGUGCAAUUUUCCUUUCAUUUUUUCAUUGUUAGAAAAUUGCGUUUUCAAAAUUCCUUUGCACUGUGCAAAAUUUGCGACAAUGCACCGUGCGCUUUUUGCAGUCUCCGCUCGCACUGUGCAGUUCUCCUCUUUGUCGCUCGCACUGUGCGAUUUUUCUGUUUUCUGCACAGUGCAAAAUAUUUAUUGCGAUUUUUCAAAAGUGCGUAGACUUUUUUCGGCCUUUUUUCGCACCGCAACGUGCAUGUUCCGCGACGCGAUCCUCUUCGAAACACUUUGCACUGUGCAAUUUCUUUUCGCGCGCCCAAAAUUCGUCAGUGAGGAAAGCCCAUGUCGCCGCGAUAUCCGGGUGCACAGUGCAAACGGUCAAAUGCACCGCGCAAAAAGAGGUUUUUUGCACCGUGCGGCUCCCGACAAAAAAAGUCUACGCACUUUUUAAAAAGCGUGAUAUUUCCAAACCAUGCAUACAAAAUUUAAUCUUCACACUGUAAAAUUGUGUUAUUCUCCUUCCGAACUACCCCAAUCCCUGCUUCCAGGGUCCUCUUCCCGGCCGCAUUCAUCAUGUUCAACAUUGUUUAUUGGAGCGUCUACCUCGGAGAGGAUCCCAAUUUCCCCAGUGAUCCCGACUUUGAGCUUAUAAAGUCCUAG